UCACUGAGAGGUCACGUGAUUCGGUAACGCGCGCCGUGUGUGACGGGUUUGUACCUGGUUUGGAGCGUUCGUGACUAAGUUUAGGGACGUUUUACUUAAGGGAAAAGAAAAUAAGCAUUUUAUUUACUUUAGUCUGGGGUUUAUGGUAAAGUACGUGUUUGGUACACUUGAGUCGUGUGUGUGUUGGGGGUGGUUUGUGUUUGACUCACCUGUCGACUACACUAUAACGAGGAAGUGCGUCUGUCAGUAGAAAGGCAUUUCCGCCAAUGGCAACUUUGAACGCCGCACUUUCCUUCAAAAAAGCGUGUAUGCGUUUAAUUCCGUAAAAGAAAUUGGUGAUAUUUGGGAUUUAAAGUGAGGUUGUGGGAAAAGGAAAACGGUUCAAAUAGCCUGAAGAGUGACUGAAGUGAUCCAGACGGGUGUCAGACUUCUGGGAAGGAUGGAUGAAUUGUUGGGCACUGCUAACAGUACUUUGAGGAUGGAUUCAGACAGCAGCAUGAGCUCUUCAGCCUCUCGUUCUUCAAUGUUGCUGUCCAACAUUUCUACCAGGUCUAACAUGACGAUAGUCGUAUCGGAGAACGGGACUCUGGUGGAGGACGAGAUCUUUCUCAACACGGUUACUGCUCGGGCCCUCUCGGGGAUAUUUAUUUGGUCUGCGGUGCUCAUCACGUGUCACCAGAUCUAUUUGCACCUGAGAUCAUACACGGUGCCAAACGAGCAGCGUUACAUCAUCCGCAUCCUCUUCAUCGUGCCCAUUUACGCCUUUGACUCCUGGCUUAGCCUCCUCUUCAUCAGCAACGACCAGUACUACGUCUACUUUGACUCCGUCCGUGACUGCUACGAAGCUUUUGUAAUCUACAACUUCCUGAGCCUGUCCUUUGAGUAUCUAGGAGGAGAGAGCGCUAUCAUGGCCGAAAUACGUGGAAAGCCGAUUCCGUCAAGCUGCAUGUAUGGCACCUGCUGUCUGGCUGGAAUGAGUUAUUCUAUUGGCUUUUUAAGAUUCUGCAAACAGGCCACACUUCAGUUCUGUGUGGUGAAACCCAUCAUGGCCAUCAUCACUAUCUUCCUACAAGCCUUUGGCAAAUAUCACGAUGGAGAUUUUAACGUCAACGGAGGCUACCUUUACAUUACGAUCAUCUACAACGUCUCUGUGAGUCUGGCACUCUACGCGCUUUUCCUCUUCUACUCAGCCACCAGUGACCUUCUGAGACCCUUUGAACCUGUGCUCAAGUUCCUGACCAUCAAAUCGGUCAUCUUCCUCUCCUUCUGGCAAGGCAUGAUCCUGGCCAUCCUAGAGCGCUGUGGUGUGAUCCCAGAAGCAUUGUUUAUAGACGGGUACGAGGUGGGCGCAGGGACGGUAGCAGCCGGCUGGCAGAAUUUCAUCACUUGCAUCGAAAUGUUCUUCGCUGCUAUCGCACUCCGUUACGCCUUCACGUACGACGUAUACCAGGAGAAGACGAGCCAAGCUCCAGAUAAUGUCGCCCCCAUGCACAGCAUCUCCAGCGGACUGAAAGAGACCAUCAAUCCUGGAGACAUGGUGCAGGACGCCAUCCACAACUUCUCUCCAGCCUACCAGCAGUACACGCAGCAGUCCACGCAGGAGGUGGUGCAGCCGAGCCAGAACGGCAAGCAGGGCCCUGCCGUCAGCAAGAACCCGAAGAAGUCUGACAAAAUCACCCUGAUCGACACGGACGAUGAGCUCUAAAGAGAGUGUGUGUGUGUGUGUGUGUGUGUGUGUGUGUGUGUGUGUGUGUGUGUGUGUGUGUGUGCGCGCGCGUUUGUAUAUGUAUGUAUGUAAUAUAUGUGUGUAUGUAUAGGGGAAAGGGGAACCACAGGUACAGAGAACAUCUUCCAAACCCACACAGAUAUAUUCCAGACCACAUAACGUGUGACGUCUAAGGUUACAUAAUCCCAGAUUAAUCCGGGUCUUCUACAGCCUCCCGCUUAUAAACGCACGUUAAUAACGAACGUCUACCAAAUUCCAGUGACUUCAUUAGGUUACAAGAAAAGGAUUAACAGAAUUAUCUGUGUUCCCUCGACUGUCAAGAAAAGAGCCACAGGUUUCGCAGUUAUCGCAGGUUUUGUCACUGCUUAAUCGAUCCGCUCGUACGUCGUCCCGCUCUGUUCAAGCUGACAAUGUUGUUGGGAUCCCGUGUGAUUCCUGGCUGUGUUACAGAACAACCUAAGCGUGAAGGAGGUGUUGAGGAAGCUCUGACGGGCUGGAACAGACACUUCACAGAGCGCCUCUUUUUUGAAGUAUUUACUCGGCGGCCCUUGGAUCCGGUCUCCCGAUGAACGGAAGCAUCUCUCAAAGACGCCCUGGUUUCGGAGCGCCGCACUUCAAACUGUUUACCUAGGCUCUUUGAAACACUUCAUAUCUCCUGCAUCAAGGACACGACGAAUGGCUUAAGAACUUGUCUUACCUGACAACGAAGCUUCGUCAUUUUUGUUCUUACCUCACUCUUCAGCAUCUCUAAUCCUAUCCGAACAAUUCAGCACUCUUGUGCUAUAUUAUACAAGGAAGUUAUGUUUGUUUGUUUGUUUUAAUUGUAAAUAAUUUGUAUAUAAUAAUUUAGUCGCACGGGUGAUGAUGGGAAAUGUAAAGGUUAAUAUAAUGUUAUUGUAAAGGAAUAAUUAGUUCAUGUGUUGUAUUGAUUAACGCUAUCCACUGGUGUUGCUUCACUUCGUUUCACUCAAACAUUUUUAACUUCUUUUUAAAAAGAUCAUUAAUCUGGACAUUUUUUAAAUGAGCAGUAUAUAUUGUGACAAACCUUGACGAACGAUUUAUGAAUAAAUAGUUAUUAUUCACGUUGCACCCUUUUAAACAGGACAAACGAUCACUAUGGCUCUUUAAUUAGGUUCUAAAGGCGGUCAGUUCUUGUACACCUUGUUCAUAAAGUAUUUGGAAUGCUUCUUGAAAUGUUUUACCUGGGCUCGUCACGUAUAAACAGUAUAACAUCCUUUAAAUGAAGUUAAGACGCUGUUGAUCGUUUCUGGAUUCGAAUAAAAGCUCACUUCAAACGAAUGAAACUGAGGGAUAGAUGUGUUUUGUGUGGGGUUUUUUUCAGCUUUUUCUUUUUUUUGAUGUCUACAUUAUUACUAUCUACUUAUACUAUGCACUAAAAGUAUGUACAUAGUUUUGAGCGUGUAACAAAGAGUAUGUAAGUACUGGGACAUAUGAACACAUCAUGUAACUGACAAGAACGUUGUUGCCUGGUUAUGCACACAGUCGCUGUAAACAAACUCCUUGUUGCGUUUCAGCUUUUUCCCGUAUUUCAUUUACACUCCUCUGAAAUCCACCGUUUUGCUGGUUGAAUUCGGCGUCACAAAACUCCUCCUUCUCACUCCUUUGUGCAAGGAGUUGUGGGCAUUAUUAGCUGAAAAUAUUAGCGUACACGGAUCCACGCUACCGGAAAUAGUACACCACCCGGGUACCUCAUUUCAACAUACUACGAUCUGGGACACAGUAAUUCUCAUCUCGGAUGCUAUUUAGGACGGAUAGUAGGCGUGCUCGGAUUGGGACGUGGCCUAUGAUGUGCCUUGUGAUGAAUCACUCACUGCCAGCUUGUUAAUCGAAGAAGCUUUAUUGAAAAGUACAAAAUGGACACUGCAUACUAUGUACAGGAAUAAUUUACUUUCUUAUAUUCAGCCAGAGUGGAAAAAAAAAAGCAUGAGUUUAUUUGUACAUGAGGGUAGUUCAUCGACAGAAAGUAAAUAAAUGAAUGUAAAUACAAUAAUUUAGGAGGUUUGGAAAAAAAAAAACUACACAAAUCAAAAAUAAAUAUCAACUUUCAAGUGUAAUAGAUAUACACAGAUUUCUGUAAUGGUGUAAAUCAUACGAUACGAUUUAAUCUAAGCCUAGGUUUGCUGCCUUUCAUGUCUGUAUUUACAAUCAUUGUAUGGAUUUACGCCUCGUUUAAAAACUUUCCACACCUUUAGUCUGCGGUUGGCCGUUUAAACGUCCCGCUACGUUCUCCUUUCCUACAGUACGUAAAGCGGUAUCAAGCUCAAGCUCCUUAUAGGCACUGCUGUUCUCGAAUAUCAACUUCUUCCUCUGUUACCUUUUCAUUCCACCUUAACGUUGACAGCUACUGCACAGGGUGAUCAUUUGGAGCAGCAUACCAUACCUAAUGGAGUUUUUCCUCUGGGUUUCUAGGCAAGUGUGUUCAAGAGCACUGGUUAAAGUUUUAUGUGCGUUCAUGGUAAAUAGCUUUAAGAACUGGCUGAGCGUGUAUAUAAUAUAUACUUUCAAAAAAAUAGAUAUAGUCAUAUGUAAAAUAUAGAAUAAUUUAACUUGUUCAGCCAGAAAAAAAGGCCA